UUUGUAUAAUUGAUUACGUAGUUGGUUAGUCUUUCAGGGAGGGAUCGGUUUGCACCACACUCCAGUCCAGAUGGUGGCGGUAAUGCUCAGUGAAAGCUGGUAGCCACCCGCCAUUAAACACCAAAAAAGAAAAAGACAAAAACUACUACGCAUGCACCAGUUUGAAUAAGUGGCGGGGAAGAUAAUAUCGCAAGUCUCAUAGUACUUGCUAACAAUUAGCAUUUCAUUCGUGAAAAAAAGAUGGUGGAAGGUCCUGGAUGUACAUUAAACGGCGAGAGGAUAAACGCGAGGGUACAGAAAGGACAAAGAGUCAAAGAGAUGCGAGGCAGCAUGUUCACAGCGAAGGGAUUCAAGCAGGAAAUAAACCACGCCAUCCAAAGACUCAAAGGGUGUCAGUACACCGGCGUCGACACCUUGGGGAAGGAGCUCUUCUUGUAUUUUGGCACUAACGCGUUGAGAGUCCACUUUGGCAUGAACGGCUCAAUGCGAAUCAACGGCGCUCAGAAGAAACAUAGUGUUGGCAGCGGCUUCGUCCCUGUGCUCGAAAUCCACCUGGACAACGACAAAGUGUGCUUCUUUGACAGUACGGUGGAAUUGAGGUUGAGUGGUGACUGCGAGAAGCGUGUGCAAGCCCUUCAGUCCCUGGACGUGUGCUCCCCCGUGUUCAUCCCCUCACGCUCGGCCGAGGCGGUGAGACGCCACGGCAGCAGGAUGCUCUGUGACGUCCUCCUGGACCAGGCCGUCAUGCCGGGAGUGGGGAACAUCAUUAAAAACGAGGCUCUUUUCGAUGCGGGCCUACACCCGGCCGUGAAGGUGGAGCAGCUGUCGGACGAGCAGCUUCACCAUGUGGUAAAGAUGACGCGUGAUUUCACUCUUCUCUUUUACAAGUGUCGCAAGUCUGGCUCUGCGCUGAGCACACACUACAAAGUAUACAAACGUCCACGUUGCGGCCGCUGCUCUGGCGCUGUCACCGUCUGUCGUCUCGGUGACAACGCCAGGAUGACGUACUUCUGCGAGCGCUGUCAAAAGUGUGACACCACCAGCAUCUACAUCAGGUCUCAUGUUCGCAGUCAACUUCCUGUCAGAAACACCCUGAUUAGCUGGGCAAGCAGCGGGGGAGCAGCCAAUGAGAAUGUGGCAAAGAGGGAGGAAGAGGACUGGACAUGUCACCUGUGCACACUCCUGAACCGGCCCGCCGCCAAAAGCUGCGAUGCCUGCCUCACUCCCAGAGCUCCGGUCCACAGAGAGGACGCCCCUGCGCCCUGCUCCACCGAUCUGGUGCGGUACGCCUGUACUGCCUUCACAAAACCCCGAGAGGAGCGCAAACUGAACUGGCGCUCUGCUUUCGGGACGUCCACCCUGCUUUUCUCUGAUUUAAGUGAGGUGCCUGAUCUGUCUCAUGGGGAAAUGCCGGCCUCAUCCAGUCGGCCGUGCAAGAAAAUGAGAAUUGAUGGCAGUCCCUCUAACAAGUUGGGUGCGCACACAACUGCAGGAAUGGAGCGCAGCCCCUCCAGCCCCAGCACCCCACCUUUGUGUGCAUCCCACGGUCGCCCAGCUCUCCUGCGAGUGGUCCACAAGGACGGUGACAAUAAAGGACGACGGUUUUACGCCUGCACACUUCCCCGCGAGGCAAAAUGCAACUUCUUUCAGUGGGCUGACUUGCAUUUUCCCUUCUGUCACCACGGCAAGCGAUGCGUUGUGAGAACUGUGCUCAAGCUGGGACCCAACAACGGCCGCGACUUCUACACCUGCGGCUUCCAGAAGGACUCGCCGCUAACACACCAACCGACUUCUUCACAAAAUGGUUCAUGCGGCUACAGUAACGUUGGUCCACGGAAAGAUGAAGCUUUGAGGUAGUGGUCUUUAAUUGAGUCCUUUUUUGUAAUAGAAUUAUUCAGCUUAGUCUAUGGAUUGUUAAAUAGUACUUCUGUCAUCAUUCAGUUGUGUUACACUGUUGGCUUCGUGUUUUUCCAAUAUUUACUAUAUUUAUGACCUUAUAUUAGUUAAAGACUACGACGCAUUCUAACUUGGAGAACCCCAGUACUGCUUUUUGAGUUUCCCACCAGACGGCAAUACUUUUUACCCCAUUCGGAACAUACGGAAGAAUUUCAUACCAUUUUACGGUUUAUACAAGGGCACGUCAUGACUGAAAUGAUUACUGUCGCUAUUCAUUUCAACUAAUGGUAUGCACUCCCAUUAUCCGAGAAAAUACGACACCUAAUCAGUCACUCCAUUGGCAAGCAAAGAUGGCCGUGACAAUAUGCUCCAAUUUAAAUCGAGUGCUGUAAUGUUAUUGGAGUGAUUGGUUGUCGUGGGGAAUAUCUGCGACACUGGUGGGAUUUUCCCCGACACAUAACUGAGGCUUCACAGAGUUAAAUUGUCUUAGGGGGACACAAACCAAAUAGAAAAUAUCUCGUUAGUGGCAGUUCUCCUGGAGAAAAUGCCUUAACGAUGGCAGGAGGUCAAAGAAGAAAUGUCCAGACUGACUUGGAAGUGGAAUAUACGCAUGCAGGAGAGCAUUUCUCAAAUAUGCAUAACAUUGAAGAUCACACCUGAUGACUUGGCUGUUGUUUUAACUACACGGAACCUACAAUAUGGACGCAUCCGACAGCUGAAAGAGAGAGGGAAAAACAUCGCCUGGUCUGAUGGGUCUCCAUUGCUGCUGACACGUGAUUAGUGUCAGAAUGCGGUGGAAGCAACAUGAAAGCAUGCAUCCGUCCUGCCUUGUAACGAGUUGCUUUCAUCCAGAAGAUGUUUUCUUUGCUCUCUGAGUAACAACUGGAUUUAGAAGCUACAACCUUCCCCUGUGUAUUGUUACUGACCACAAACAUCAUGCUUACUUCGAGCUGGAUAUGGCACCGGCUCUAUGUGGUUUAAAUUAAGAUUUCAUGUCAUGGUUACAAGUUCAGAUGAUGGUGCCAAGUCCGAGUUAGGGUUCCAAAUUAGGAUUUCAAAUGAAUUAAUUCAAAUUAUGAUAAUAAUUGAUAAUGUUUUUAAUCCAGUCUAAGGGUUUUCCAAUUUGUGUUUUAUGGUUGGGUUUCAAGCAGGGUUCAGUGUUUCAAGUUGAAGUUUUAGGUGAAAUUCAGGGUUAGGGUUUCAAAACAGGCUUUUUGUAUUUGUUUUUAGUCAUGUUAGUCAUUUAAAUGAUCCUUUCAAUACAAGAUUAGUGUUUUGAAUUAGGGUUUCAAGUUUAGGUUUGGGUCUCAAUUUAGGAUUAGGGUGUCAAAUUCAGGUUUUUGAUAUGAUGUUUUAAUCCUGCUUUCAAAUUAGGAUUUCAAGAUAGGGUUAAGGUUUUAAAUUACAGUUUCAGAUUUCACUUGAGGGUUAGUGUUCCCAAUUAAGGUUUGAAGUCUUGUUUAGGGUUUCAAUUUAGGGUUAGGGAAUAAUUUUAAGGUUUUGAAAUCUAUAUAGUGUUAGCGGGUAGAAAUCAAGAUUUCAAGACAGCGUUAAAACUUUCUAAAAUGGGUUGUGUACAUAUUGAAAAUCGCUUUCUAUGCAAAUUGGAGUUGGAAGUGCGUCUCAGGUGGCAAAUUUCCCACUCUGAUUGUCAUACCUGAUUC